AUGGGGAGCGUCGGAACGAUUACCUGGCUCGAGAAGCUGGAGGAGCAGCUGAACGUCGAUGUCGACUCUAUGGAUCCGACAUUCGCGAAGAGUCUCCCUUUCAAACCACACAACCAAACAAGCAACCAACUCCUCGUCAACGAGCAGAUGUCCAUUCCCGAAAACCGCGAAAUGUUCCUGCAAGCCGUGAGGGAAUACAAAGACAAGGGGUGGGAAGCAGUCCUGGACAGAAUCAGCGUUCUCCUUUGCGCCCAAAACAUCGAUAACAUCCAGGGACGGGUCCUUCUCCAAACCUCGCCUUUCCACGCAUAUGAUAUAGAGAAAGUGGUUGCACAUGCUCGCAGCUACGCUCGUGAGUUCGAGCAGGUCGGCAUUUCCAAAGAUCGGUUCUGCAUCAAGAUCCCAUGCACUGGACCCGCCAUGAACGCGGGACCUAUUCUUCUCAAAGAUGGCAUUCGGACACUGGGAACUUCUCUAUUCGGUUUGCCGCAGGCUAUCGCAGCUAGCCAGGCUGGAUGUCUUUACAUCAGUCCUUACUACAAUGAAGUCCGAGCACAUGCUGAUUUGAAUUUGUGGCCCAAUGUCGAGGAUCCUGCAACACAGCACACCAUGUCCGCGCGAAUGGUGCAGAUUCUCGAGACGUAUAAGCGUCUUUACAAGGAGACUGGAAAGGAACAGCCAAUGGUGAAGUCGGCCAGUUUCAUAUCCCCAAAGGAAGCAAUGGCAGCCGGAGAAAUGGGUUGCCACCACGCCACCAUCUCAGCGGAUGUUCUCACACAACUCAGCAAGCUCUCUUACGACGGCAGCAAGCAACCAGGAGAAGGUAUACCGAAGCCCAUGCACCCAUAUCUCAACGCAGGCCCAACUCCGAGCCGUCUUGCAAAAUUGUCGAAGACCGAUCCGUUGGCAGCAGCCGACUGGGAUGGAAAACUUGCAAGUACCGGCAUCGACUACCUGGCAAAUAAUGGAGCGGAAUUGCAGAAGGCUAUCGAGGCCGAUCCGAUCACGAAGACGCGUUUGUAUGAGGCUCUUGAGCUGUUUAAGGGUGGAGAGCUCAGGAGCAAGGCUGCGAUUGAGGGGGCGAUGGAGUUGGUAUAA